GUGGGUGGGGGGGUGGAAGCACCGCCACCAUUAUCCGUCCCCGCUCCGAAAGUCGCUUCCCCGCCUCCCUGCCGGAGCCGGAGCCCGGGCGGCGGCGGGGCGCGGAGCGCCGGAGGAAGUGCGGGGUGAAAAAGAAAGAGAAACAGGCGGGCAGGGCUCGCCCGGCCGCGGCGGAGCGGCCAUCUCGGCUGGGAGCGGGACCGCAUCCAUGGAGUUACCGGGCGGGCGCUCCUAAGGAGGGCCCGGGCGGCGCGGCCCUGGCAAUGACACCGGAUUGAGCCGCCGAGGGGGCUCUCCCGGCCGGGGACUGCGGGAGCAUCCCCCGCCCCCGCCUCCUCCCGCCUGUCACCCCAGAGACCGGCGCAACUCCGGGCGGACACUCCUGGCCAAGAUGGAAGAAAAACGACGCAAGUACUCCAUCAGCAGUGAUAACUCGGACACCACUGACAGUCACACCACAUCCACCUCCAGAUGCUCUAAAAUUCCGAAUACCAAAUCCCCCUGGUCACGGCAGAAGGAGAAGAAGCCCUCUGAGGUUUUCCGGACGGAUCUGAUAACAGCCAUGAAGAUCCCUGACUCCUUCCAGCUGAGUCCUGACGAGUACUACGUUCUGGCUGAUCCUUGGAGGCAGGAGUGGGAGAAGGGUGUCCAGGUGCCAGCAAGUGCCGAGGCCAUCCCUGAACCUGUGGUCAGGAUCAUCCCCCAGCUGGAGAGCUCGCUUUCACAGGUUUCACCGAGCAGCCUGCCUGGCUCUGAGAUUUCAGAAGCCACAAGGACUUACUUGCAAGGAAUGAGCCGCUAUGACCUGGACGAGCUCGAUGCCUGCUGGCUGGAACUUGUUAACAUGGAGCUCAAGGAGAUGGAAAAGCCCGAGCUGGACGAGAUCACCCUGGAGCGAGUGCUGGAGGAGCUGGAGACCAUGUGCUACGAGAACAUGAACAUCGCCAUCGAGACCGAGGAGGGCUUGGGCAUCGAGUACGACGAGGACGUGGUGUGUGACGUGUGCCGCUCGCCCGAGGGGGAGGACGGCAACGAGAUGGUGUUCUGUGACAAGUGCAACGUCUGCGUGCACCAGGCGUGCUAUGGCAUCCUGAAGGUGCCCAUUGGGAGCUGGCUGUGCCGGACCUGUGCCCUCGGCGUGCAGCCCAAGUGUCUGCUGUGCCCCAAGAGGGGGGGAGCGCUGAAGCCCACCCGGAGCGGCACGAAAUGGGUCCACGUGAGCUGUGCCUUAUGGAUACCUGAAGUUAGCAUUGGAUGUCCUGAAAAAAUGGAACCCAUUACGAAGAUCUCACAUAUCCCAGCAAGCAGAUGGGCUUUGUCCUGCAGCCUCUGCAAGGAGUGCACUGGGACAUGCAUUCAGUGCUCCAUGCCCGCCUGUGUCACCGCAUUCCACGUCACCUGCGCCUUCGACCACAACCUGGACAUGCGGACUAUCCUGGCAGACAACGAUGAGGUGAAGUUCAAGUCCUUCUGCCUCGAGCACAGCACCGGCGCCACCAAGCUGCCCGAGGAGGCACGGACAGAGCCCGACCAAGCCCAGCUGGACUUGGAGAAGGUCACGCUGCGGAAGCAGAAGCUCCAGCAGCUGGAGGAGGACUUCUAUGAGCUCGUGAAGCCUUCAGAGGUGGCAGAGAACCUUGACUUAAGUGAAUCACUGGUGGACUUUGUCUACCAGUACUGGAAGCUGAAGAGGAAAGCAAACUCCAACAAACCGCUGCUGACACCAAAAACGGAUGAAGUGGACAACUUGGCUCAGCAAGAGCAGGAUGUUCUCUACCGACGCCUAAAGCUCUUCAUGCACCUCAGGCAAGACCUGGAGAGGGUUAGAAAUCUCUGUUACAUGGUGACAAGACGGGAGAAAAUGAAACACACCAUUUGUAAACUGCAGGAGCAGAUCUUCCAUCUCCAGAUGAAGCUUAUUGAGAAAGAUCUUUACCCAGGCUUGUCAACCUCCUUCCCCAUCGAUGGGACUUUCUUCAACAGCUGGUUGGCACAGUCAGUGCAGAUCACCGCGGAGAACAUGGCGAUGAGCGAGUGGUCACUCAACAACGCCCACCACGAGGCCAGCACCCCUGGCCUCUCCGAGGAGCUCCUCCAGGAUGAGGAGACCUUGCUGAGCUUCAUGAUGGACCAUUCCCUCAGGUCCCCAUUCAGGCAGAGCGAGACCACAAAGAAAGUGAAAAGCAGAACGAGAACGAACACUAAGAAAAAGCUGCCGAGGAGCAGCCCCUCUGCAGUGGGUGGGGGCCACCCGGAGGGCUCCGAGCCCUGGACUAACAAUGCCAGCAACUUGUCGGAUGAUCCCGCCAAGCCCUUCGCUCUGGAUUCCAGGCCGAGCAAGUCGGAAAAAGGGGCAGCAAAGCUUCCCACCGACCGCAGAGGGACGGGCGAGGCCAAAAGGGUGGCCAGGAAGGGCUCUCUCCAGAAAGCCAGCGAGCCUCAUCCCCCUGCUGGGACACGGGGCUGCGUCAGCCAGGAGGAGGAGGAGGAGGAGACGCCGCGCUGCGCUCAGACGGAGCCCAGCCCCGCGGCCAAAGUGCCUGACUCCAUAGGUAGCCCCAAAACCAUCGUGCGGUUCAAAUUACCAAAGGAGAGCCGGGGGGCGCGGCGGGCGCAGCCCCCCAAGGCCGAGGGCGCUGGCGGAGCUCCCUUGCGUCGCUUCGACGCCGACACGGACGGAUACUUCUCCGACGCCGAGAUGAGCGACUCGGACGGGGAGUCCCGCGGCGGCCGGGCGCAGCGGGGCCAGCUGGACGCGGCCGGCGAGGACAUCGUCAGGAUGAGCAUCCUGGCGUCCUAACUGCUCCGACCGCGCCGGCUCGAGGAGGCCUCAACCCAGUUCCAACUGCCAUGUCCAAUUUCUGCCUGGUGUCACGGCGAGGGGGGUUUUUAAUGUGUGUAUAUAGUUGGAAAUUCGGCACUGUUGUCUUUCCCUUCUCGAUACGCCUGAGAUACAGCUUCAGCUUCACCGACAUCGACGACUGUGACAGCAGUGGUCCCUCCCCGGCUCCCUGCCAGACCCCACUUCCUGGGAACGUGAGCCGGCACCCGCCAGGACCGAUGGCGAGCGUGCUGAGAGGGUGGAGGGUGCCGGUACCCGUGCUUUCUGCAGGGAUGACAGUUCAAUUAAUGGGCAUUAUUUAAUGAGGGGCAGAUUUCUGCCUGGGACGGUUGCCCUCAGAGCAGGGAGCGAGGAGAGGGUCCGGCAGUGGCCAGCUGUGGGAGGGGAAAUUCCCACCUGUGUGUGCGGAGAGAAGGAAGCGAAAUAAGCGAUUCUAAAAUAAAUAAUGACUAAAGCACAAAAAGCUUGUUGGAGGAAAACGCUUGGGGUGGAAGAGAGCAAUGUUACAUUUCUAUUUUUAGGGAAAAAAACCUCUUGAUCAUUAUUUUUCCCCUCACCUUUCCAUCUAGUUGGGAUCCGUCCAGGGGCCAGGAUGCAAAAGUCCUCCCCAUCCAUGCCCCCAGUGAGGUUCUUAGAAACACUGAAGUGAUUUACUCAGGUGACUGGAUCAGCAAGUGGAAAAUGGAAAUGUGGGGCAGGAUGGAGGAGGAAAGCAUCCUUUAAAACCACCAUGGGGAGUCAGGGUUGCUUCCUUCCAAUGCUGCUGUGGUCCCACCAUGCCAGGGCAGCACAUCUGAAAUCCCCCUUAAACCAAAACCAUGGCCCCAAGGCCAAAUGUGCCGUCACUGAGGGGAAAUGGCAACCCUUGCCACCACCAUUAUGUUUUCUUUCUAAAUGCUACAAUGGAAAUGGUGAAUUUAUUCCUCUCCAUCCUUUGUUUUGUUUUGGUUUGUUUUUUUUACCUUAAAUCCUGGUUACAAGCUGUUGACUCGUUGUGGAGGGGUGAUUCACAGAAGCUGACAUUAUAAAUAUUACAAUAAUUUAAUGCAUAAAAUGUCCCCAAUAAGCCUUAAAUGUUGUUUAAAAGCCCAUGUUACCUAUAAGUCAGGCGAAUUUCCAUGUUUGCACUUAAUUGCACCAUUACUUCGGUUUUGGCUUCAAAGGUCACAGUUAAGUCAUGCUACGUGUUUUAUUGGAGUGACCCCAGUGUGAGCUCAGGGAACAAAAAAAAAAAAAAGGAA